AUGUCUCUGGACGGGCUUACUAUUGUCUUCUGCUACUGUGGUGAUCCCCCCGGCACCUACAAAUCCGGAGGAGGAGCACGGUCCGCCGAGGCCCAGCUACGCCGAUCUACAAAAGCUUUCUCUCAUACGAUCGUCAAACAGAUCUGCGAACCGUGCCUGGCCAUCGGGUCCAGUCGGCUCAGUUGGGUGUGUGUCUCUCUCGUGUGUUUGUGUUCAGGUGUGGAGGAGGUUGUUGAUCUGACGUGUGAGGGAUCAGAAGCUGUGGUCGACCUGACAAACAAUGACUCCGUGCUGCUAGUGGACGAAGGUCCUCAGACGGGCGCGGCCGCCGAGAGCUACGUCGUCAGCAGCGAUGAAGAUGAGGCCACGCCCCCCGCGCUCAACGCCGCCGUGAUGUCAUCGGCACGGACCAACGGCUCCUCCAGGUCGACUCCGGGGACAAUCAGCUGUCCCGUCUGUCUGGACUCGUACUCAGAGAUCGUGGAGAGCGGCCGGUUGGUGGUCUCCACCCGGUGUGGUCACGUGUUCUGCAGCAUGUGUCUGCGAGACGCUCUGAAGAAUUCUCCCAGCUGCCCCAGCUGCAGGAAGAGGCUGACCGCCCGCCAGUACCACCCGCUCUACGUCUGAUGACCUCACGCUGACGGCUGAUGACCUCAUGCUGAUGGCUGAUGAUUUCAGCGUGAUGUCACCGUGAUGUCACCGUGACAUCAGUGUGACAUCACGCUGCUGCAGGUGUCUGUGUGAGCUGCUUUCAUUUAAAGAUUGUUAAUUGAUAAUAUUGUUGAUAUAUUUGAUAUUCUCAGUUGUUCUUCAGGUUUUUGUGUUUUUAGUUUUGUUGUGAAGAAUAAAAUGUUGAAG